CAUCAUCAGUUCCGUUCUGCUGUUUUUGAAUGUUUACAAACUAAAACCGGCGCUCUCUCUCUCUCCCCAACUCGAACCAUCACAUCAAGGAAAACCAUGAAAAGUGAUGAGGAGCCUCCAACACAUUUUCCUCAGUGCCCAGCUGGAUUAGUAAAGGGCAGGAGAAAUGUGGAGGUGAAGAGUGAGGAGUCCAGCAAUGAGAGGGUUGAGCUGACGGUGGGGGUGAAAACAUCCAAACCCAAAAUGUCAAUUGAGCUUUCUUCGUGUUUCUGUGAGGACAGUGAAGCCUGCGUGUGCAAAAAUGGCCUUUUUGACUCACCAUCAUCACUCUGUCUUUCACCGGGGACUGCUGCAGCGCAAACACAGAUGCAAAGCACAAAGCCCAAGGCCAGGACGCUGGUAGCAUGCAGGCAGCUGAUUGAUGGGAAGGAGGCGGUGGCCUCACUCAGGGACCAAUCUCCUCUUUCAUUGGUAACAUUCAAAGGGACUGUAAGUUCUGCAAGCACCGACCCCAACAGGAACUCUUCAGUUCAUGGAUCCAUCACAGGACAAUCUUCAGUAUCAGCUGUUCAACAGGAUGAAGGCCUAAGAUCGAACAGGAACGUCACCAGAGAGGAAAACAGAAGUCAGUAUUACAGCGAGCUUUGCCUGCAGAUAGAGCAGAGGAAACAACAGACAGAAAGGGAGAGAAGAAGAAAUACUGUUGACGAACUAAAGCACCAUGAGACCAUGCAGCACUCCAUCUGGGGGAUGCCAGGAAGUGGUGCCCCAAACCACCACCUGGGCACAACCAAAAGGACCAAAAGCCUCCUCAGCGCGGGGAUUUUACCCCAGGAGCAGAUCCGUGAUAAAGGCUUCAGCGGGACCCCCUUCCACCGCCUGUGAAAUGAAGACCAUAACAUCCCUGAGCUGAGACAGCUGAGAGCUACAGAGCAAUGGCGCAAAUAGUACUCUCUUUCUCGUUUACCUUCAAGUAAUGUUGUCGCCAUCAAGACAUUUGGGCUAUUUCAGCAGCAAAUUCUGAUGGUGGAAUGCAAAUAAACUGAGACAGAGAGAACAAACACAUGAAAAGUUUUGAGAAGAGAGACCAAGUGAGCCUUCUACUUACAGCUACAUGUGUUGCUGCAUGAACAGGUGCCUGCAACAGCAACAUUCUUCACUCCCUACCAAGAAUGGUAGUCGUUCCUGAUUUUUCCCAGAAUAGAAGAAGCAUCUGAGAACUUAAAGAGGUGCUGAACGGACUGCAUUUGAUACAGAAGUACAUUUCUUAACUGUUAUAUGAAAUAGAAUCACAUUUGCUCUUACACUGAUGGUGGGGAUGGUGCUUCACGUUUUCAUAAAGUGGUACUAGAGCUGGGAUUUAAUAUUGCUUUCAUAAAGUUGGGGGACUCAGAAGAGAUGGAUUUUAAAAAAUUGAAGCCUGAUUAGUAUGGACCAAGCUCCACACUAUACUAUGGUCCUACAAUUCCCAUAAUGCAACUCAACUGUGUCUUUCAUGAGACCCUCCCUAAAUGUAUUUCAAACUCUACAUCUCCAGUUUCUAAAGCAGACUUUCUGAAAAAAAGCUUAAACCAAGUCAGGGAACAAGUCUUUUUAAGUUGAAAUCAUCAACAUCUAAAUUAUUGUUUGACAAUUUCCUUUCAAGUGUAUAUCAAUCAAUCAAUCAAACUUUAUUUAUAUAGCACAUUUCAUACAGUUUAGUGCAGUUCACAGAUGACUGACAAGACCAUAAUAUGACACAAUGGAGUAAAAAUUAAAUAAGUUAAAU